AACUUAAAUUAAACCUGACUUGACUGGACGUAAUCAACACAUUCAAGAACGUCAUUUACCCAAAUUGACACCUAUACCUAACAGGCUAACCAUACAAGACCCCAAGACCAUGAUUAUCCAUCCAUACAUUAAUCAAAGUUAGAACCAACAGAAUAGUCGAUUAAAUUAAAUCCACAAACAAAACCAACCUUCCUUUCACCAUUACAUUAUUCUCUUAUCAGCCAUCAAUGUCGAUUGACGCCAAAACACCACUACAGAAAGUCCUCAUUAUUAAACCACCACCAGCCUUCCCAAUCCACGAAUCCGAAUUCUCCCAACACUUCCACUUCAUCAAAGCUUCCGAUUCACCUCUUCCGCUCCCUCACUUCCUCGCCGCCGCAAACUCCGCCGGAGUCACCGCCUUACUCGCCAGCGGACACGUCCCUUUAAAUGCACGUGACGUCUUCGAUUACAUCCCAAACCUCCGUUGUAUCGUCACCACUACUGCUGGACUUAAUCAGAUCGACCUCCCUGAGUGUCGCCGCCGUGGUAUUGCCGUUGCUUCUGCCGGAGAUUCUUACUCCGAUGACUGCGCUGAUCAUGCGGUGGCUCUUGUCAUUGAUGUGCUUCGGAAAGUAACUGCUGCUGAUGGGUUUGUGCGAAGAGGUGAUUGGAGUGGUAAGGGAAAAUAUUGCUUGGGUAAUCGGUUAAAGGGGAAGAGGAUAGGAAUUGUCGGAUUGGGAAGCAUAGGCUGUAGGAUUGCGAAAAGAUCGGAGGCUUUUGGUUGCAAAAUUCUGUACAACUCAAGAAAAGAGAAACCAUCUGUUUCACACCCUUACUACUCAGAUAUUUGCGAGUUAGCUGCUAACAGUGAUGCCUUGGUUAUAAGUUGUGCCUUAACUGAUCAAACCAGGCACAUGAUAAACAAAGAAGUGCUAACAGCAUUAGGGAAGGAAGGUGUCAUCAUUAAUAUUGCUCGAGGGCCUAUAAUCGAUGAGAAUGAAUUGGUGAGGUUUUUAGCUGAAGGUAAGAUAGCUGGUGCUGGAUUGGAUGUUUUUGAGAAAGAGCCUAAUGUGCCGAAAGAGCUUCUUGGCAUGGACAAUGUUGUUUUGUCACCUCAUGCAGCCUAUCUAACUCAUGAGUCGUUUCGUGAUGUUUUUGAGCUUGCGCUAGGAAAUCUCCAAGCUUUCUUUUCAAACAAACCAUUACUCUCUCCAGUCAUGGAUGAAUGAUUACUAACGGGUCAUACUCUGGCAGAGUGGCAGAAUACAGAUAGUUCUUCCUCUGUUAGUUAUGAUAUGAAGAUGGUGGAAACGUCAUGAAAAUACUUAGUCAUACAAUCUAGUGUCUGGAAUAAUGGCCUCAGCAUUACAACUCUAGCUGAUUUCUGAGUUUGAAGCCUGCACGCUUUGCUUUGGCACAGGUAGAAAUGUAUAUGAAGCAGGGCAGUAAGCUGUUUUGAUUUGGAUGGCUGGAGUUUUAAUUAUACUUGAAUGCUCUAUGUUCAACCAAACAACCAUAUUCCUUAAGUAUGUUUUUUAGAUUGCUGUUGAAAUUCAGAAAAGCAUGUUGAAUCGUUGAAGUUUUAUUCUGAGUUUUUGUUACUAGAGUUAGAGAGAGUACAAUUAAUGCUGCAAGCAAAAGUGCAAAACAAUGAAGUGAGUCUUGAAUGUAAAGCUGCAGGUAAAACUUCUCUUUCUAUGAAAAACCAAUUUUAUCUGCAUUUUAACACCUA